AUGGAACUAUUAGCUAUUCAUCAAAAAUCCAAAGAUGGUGACGAUAAUCAAGGACCAUCGUUAACAUCACAAAUUCGCGAUGAAAGAAUAUUAGCUAGACGUAUCCGUGUUGAUCAACGUAUUGCACAGAAGAAACGUAAAACACUUGGUAUCGUAUCACCAGUUGAAGAUGAACAUAGGGAUGAAGCAAGUUUAGCUAAAGACCAAAUAGAACAAUCACGACAACGUCUAGUUAAACUCGAAGAAGAUGGUUUAGAAUUCGUAACAAAUAUACGAGUUGGUCAAGAUUUAUUGGAACAUCAACAUCGAUUAGAAGAAGAAGAAGCAACAAGAAAAAGAAAUGAACGUUUAGAACAAGAUACAAAAUCAUCAAAAGAAAAAUUUGAUGAAAUUAUUCGAAAUUGGGAAGGUGCUCGAACAAAAGAGCUUCCGAGAGAAUUACACGAGUUAUUGAUGGCACAAAAACAUGCAUGUGGUACAAUGCUUGAAGAAAAGAAUAAAUUGAUUGGAGAAUUAGAAAAGGACUUAAAAAAUAAAGAUGAUUAUUAUGUGAAAAUGUUACGAAAAUUCGACGAGAAUAUCAAACUACUUGUUGAACGUAUGAAUGAACAAGUUAAAAGUCGUCGAAUGUAUUAUGCACGUGAACUUCAUUCGAUUGAAGAAGCAUUUAUUAAAGAACGUCAAGAAUUAUUAGAUAAAUACAAUCGUGAAUGGGGAGACAAAUUAGAUGAACGACGUUCGAAAGAAGAACAAUUCGUUGUAGCACGUUUUGAACGUCAUGAUACAUUUGAACGUGACUUACAACGUUUACGUAUAAAACAAGCUGAAGAAUUUAAUGCAACAAAAGUUAAAUUAGAAAAUCAAGUUCAAGAACAACAACGUAAAAUCGAAGAAAUGAAAGCUAUUUAUCAAUUAAGUCAGGAAAAAUAUGAAUACAAUUAUAAAGUAUUGAAAAAACGUGACGAAGAAAAUUUACUAACAAUUGGUGUACAAAAAAAUCGUAAAAUUAAAUUAAACGAUUUAUUAACUCAUCUUAAUCGAAAAUUAACACAGAAAGAGAAACAAUAUAAAACUGAAAGUAUUCAAGCAGCUGAAGAAUACAAGAGAACAUUAGGAAAUAUUCAAGAAAUUAAACGAAAAGCGAAACAUUUCUUAACAGCUGAUAUGGAAAAGUUUCACGAAUUAUGGAUAAUGAAUGAAGAGCGUUGUAAAGAAAUGGCACAAAAGUUGCUUGAUGCUGAUAGGAUUAUAUUCGAACAACAGCUUGGCCUUAAUUGGGUACCACCUGAACUUGAUUUUAUGAAUAAUAUCGGUCCCAUUGAUGCAACGAGAAUGCCUAAACCAUCGAUUGAUGUCGUUCGAGAAAUUUUAACUGAUCAAUACGCUGAUGAUACCGUUAAACAGACAACUAGUCACUUAUCAAAUACAUCAAUGAAGAAUAUACUCGAAUUAAUCUGUGACGAAGGCGAUUUUCUUAUUGAACCAAAACUAUUGGCAUUACUUGAACCAUUAGACAGCAAUGAAAAAAAUUUAAUUAAAUUGGAUGGUAUUUUCCGUGCAUUAAAAAUUGAAAAUGAAGAAGAUAUUAAAAUCAUGGCACAAUAUUUUAUUGAUUAUAUUCAACAAAAGAACGGAGAACGAACAAAAGUUUAUGUUUCAAGUGGUGCUGGCCCAGAAACAGAAGACGGAGCAGAAACAGAUAAUGAACACAUCACAGAUGCUGGUGAUAGUCAUGUUGAAUUAAUUCAUCCAAAUCAUGCACUCAAAGCAUUAAGAGAAUUUCUUGAAGAAUAUCGAGGCCAACGAAAAGCUACUUCACAAGUUGCAUAUCAAGUGGCAACACUUGAUGAUCGUGAUGAUUCGCUAGAUAAAGAAUAUUGGUCGAAAUAUCCAAAUGUUGUAGAUGACAAACGAGAACAUCUAUGGGAUGCACUUCUGUCCGGCCUUCAAAAAUAUCAUUCAAUAUUGACGGCACGUGCAAAACUGAUGGAUGAAAAUAAUUCUCUAGCAAAACAAAAUGACGAGUUACGUUUGCUUCUUUCGAAAUACAUGCAAUCGAAAGUCAAUCAAGAAUUACAAAUACCGCCAUCACAAAUUAUUCAAUUACAACUUGCUGAACAAUCAGCAGGAAAUAAUUCUGGUGUCUUUUAA